AUGCUGCGCACCGCACCCACCCUGCGGCCUCUGCUCAAGAGCGCAGCCGUCGCAUCCACCUCACGAGCCAUCGCGGCCGACCCUCGCCGCUCGUUCGCCUCGCGGCCGCAAGCUUCCUGGGACGACGACGCCGACGCUCGCCGCCCUACCUCGAGGGUCAGGGACGGCCGCAUCGUACCGCACUACGCCCGUGGCGACCGCGACCACCCGUCGUCGUCGUCGUCGUCGUCGUCCUGGUCGGCCCCUCGCCGCGAGUCGGGCGACCCUGCUCGAGCCAAGCCAAGGCGGCCCAAGCAGCAGAAGGACAUCGUGCACCCGCAGCCGUCGCCCGAGGACCUCGAGCGGUACCACAAGACCCGCGUUCUGCGCGCCGAGCGCCUCGAGCGCAAGGACCUCACGGCCCAGCUCACCGAGACCAAGACCUACAUGGGCGGCUUCACGCAGCCGCGGCACCUCCAGUUCCUGACGACCCUCGACCCGACGCGCAAGCCCAAGGACUCGCGCGACGUGCGCGUCGGCCCGAACCGCAUCCGCCCCGCCGCCGAGGCGUACGAGCCGCACGUCGUCUACCUCGCCGUGACGCGGUACCCAGUACGGUGGGGCCACGGCCGCCAGACGCGCCGCGAGUGCUUCUCGGGCUACUGCCGCGAGAGCGAGCUCGAGGAUCGGUUCCGCGCCCUCAACUACGGCACGUGGAAGGAGGAAAAGACCGAGCUCGUCAAGCUGCGCCACGGCCAACCGCGGCAACCUGUCGUGACGCCGGCCCACUGGGCGUGCCUCGGCGACAGCAAGGAGUACCUCGACCAGGCCGUAUUUCCCGGCUCGCCCGAGGACCGGUCCCUCCUCAACCGCCCGGCGAGCAAGCUCCUCCACGCGCUCCUCAAGGAGCGCGCCCGCACGCUGCGCGCCGCCGACCUCGAGGCCGACGCGCCGUCCUCGAGCGCGCCCGCCGACGCCGUCUCGGCCCAGGGCCGCACCCUCGCCGAGCUCGACGCCCUCAUCGCCUCGACGAGCGCGCGCCUCCUCCCUCCCGUCACCGACUACACACGCCCCGGGCCCCCUUACACCUCGCCGCCGCUCGUCGUCCCCCUCCUCACCGUCACGCUCCCGACCCGACCCCUCGCGGCGACGCUCGCGCGCCUGUCGAACGGCCACGCGCGCGGCCUGUCCUUCAUAGCCUCGAUCCCGAACGAGGACCGCAAGGACGGGCCCGCCCUGUUCCGCCGCCUGCUGCGCAUGCGCGCCAACCGCAUCCAGAGCGUCACGCGCGAGCUCAUCCUCAAGCUCGACGGCUACGGCGGCGGCCUCAUGGGCCUGCGCAUGGGGCCCGAGGACAGGGGGCGCGGCAUCGAGGGCGAGGGGCUCGGCGAGUCGACGACCGCGCCAGAGAGGGGGUGGGCCGAGGUGAGCUGGCUCGACGAGGCGAGCACGUGCUGGGAGGGCAUCGCGCGCGACGAGUACCUCGCGAGCUGGGACGACGUCGAGGGCGCAAAGGCCGGGCCGAGGAGGCUCGACAACGCGAGGUGGGCGACGCCGCACCCGCUCGUGCCCGCCGCCGUCGGCGAGGACGCUCGGGCCUCGUCGGCCUCGGCAGGCGACGUCCUCGCCCGCAUCGACACGGACGCGGCGGCACGGCAGGUCGAGGUGGACGAGGAGGCCGGGCUCGUCGUCGCUGAGGGCGAGGGCGCGGCUGAGAAGGCGGAGCCGGUCGCUGCGGUCGAGUCGAGCGAGGUCCAGCAGGCGACGUCGGUCUAGUUCCUCCUCGCGCUCUCGGCGCGCCUCUCCAGAAGUCUCUCCUCUCCCUCCUGUUGAUCCUGUAGCUCUCCCC